AUAUAUUUAAAAUAAAUAAGUAUUCAUACAUAUUUAAAUAUAGCGUGUUUAUUUAGUCACCUGCAAUAAUUUACGGGGUGAAUAUAUAGGUGAUACUGAGCAACUUUUACUAAGGGACCCACCCCGAAAUCACAAAAAAAAAAAUUGGCUGUUUCAUACAUUUUAGCUGUCUGACCUUGACAUUUUCUAUGGGGGAGUAAUUUUAUUUUUCGAUUUGGGGGUUGGUUCCAUAGUAAAGGUUGCUUAGUAGGUAUGUCCUAUAUAUUCACCCCGUAAAUUAUUGCAGAUGAAUAAAUAAACAUCCCUGUAUAUUAUAUAUCCAUUGUGAAACAUUACGCGGCCGAUAAUUGAACCUUGUCAAACAGUGUAUAGGGACCGUGCGCGUUGGAGGGUCUGCCAUCUUGUGGUCUGAAUCGGAACCAUAAACAUGCACAUUUACACGUCAAGUGUUUUCUUGUGCAUAGUAGGUUCUGCCAUCUUGUGGGCUACAUCGGAACAAUAAACAUCACAUUUACGCUUCGCGCCAAAAAUCUGACAGCUCCUGUGCUGCCUCCUACAGUUCAUGCACGCUCCCUAUAAUCGUAUAUGAAAUACUUGUAGGAUUCGAAAUAGUCAUAAAACUAUAAUCAACUUAUUCCCACAGUGCACAAGCUAUUCUCAUUAAUAAAGAAUGCUCUCAGCGUACAUUUAUCACCUUUAUUGCAUUCUAAUUUGUUAUCGACUCGUUAGGAAUACGUAAAUUGCACGUUUAGACUGUUGUGCUAUUUUUUUCAACGUGGCUUUAUCUUAUUUAUUUUCCUUUUACGUGCGCAAUAUUGAGACGGCGGUAACGAUUUUUAACAAUCUGUUUGAAACAUUACCUCCAUUUUUCGGUGAUGGGUGUUUAUUUUUCUCUCGUUCUCGUUAAACAGACUCCAACUUAAAUUCUGCAUACUUGAAAUUUAAUAGUUCUACUUAUUAUAAUCGCUGCAAGUGUCAGUCUUUAUAUUUUGAUUCCUCUUUUGUUCAAGCUUCUUUCACCGGCGACGCAACUAACGUUUAAUAUAAAACGUUUUUCCGCAGGCAUCUCUUCUCAAAGGGUUUAAUCACGACUCACUCACUGAGCCGUGGGCCUGAAGUUUUAUCUUGUGCAAGCAAGGCGAAUAGAUAUGCAAAUUAUCGGCUGAUGACUAACCCCUUCGCCUAGAGGACAACCUGUUUAUGAAUAUUCCCAAGUCAGGAGCAAAUUAAUUUCUGACAUUUGAAUUUAAAUUAGUCAACGUUGGUGAUGGCGUUAAGUUAACUAGUAAAAAGAUGUGGCGAUUGAUCCCCAUGCUGUUACUAGCCGCCGUGACCCUCUCGACGGGGGUUCUACUUCCGCGACUCCCGCCCCUACAGACGGGGCCCGACCCCGCCUCCGACCAGGCGACUAGUGAUACACAUAGCACACUAACCGAAUGCGACGUCCUGAGGAGGCUAUUCAAUAGUGAGGCCAAAUGGAUGUUCGACACUGACAAUAAGCAGUACAACGAUUAUGUCACCAAAAGGCAGGGUGCUAACAUGCACCAUGACAAUUAUAAAGAUGAAACGUACAUCUAUCAAUUUCAACCCCAAGACUUCGAACAGAACUAUUUGCACGAGCAAAACCCUAACGCCAAGGAGAAACCCCUUCACUAUAACAUCCCUCUUCCUACGAUUAAUACAUUGUAUUUGCGAAACAAAGAUGUAAUUAUACGGGACGAUCAAGCUUACUAUAUGUAUGAUACGUACAUGGCGACAACGAGUCCUUUUGAUUAUGUCCAAAAUCAUCAGAACUGCCUGUACAAAGCUAUGGCACGGCCAACGUCACAUAACGCGGCUUGGACUGAUGCAUGGGAAGCUGAUCGAGAGAAACUGAACACGAACGAAAUUAUUCCCUCGGCAGAACAAGUGGGUAAAAGAUCAGACACAGAGGAAACGGGCGAAAAAGAGAUCCCUGACUUGGUGAUAAACGAUGGGGAGACGGGAGAAGUCCAAAAGAAGUUAUUCUCUUUCUGGAGCCGGCUGCAGGCGCUGUCACACAAGGGGCGGCAGCUGCCCACGCGCAGGCACACCUUCGCCUUCUACGGGCCCGACGGCACGCGGGACGGCCCGCUCACCGCCGAGACGCGCGCCUCGCACCUCCGCCCGCCCGGACAGCCUCUCCGAUGGGGCUAAGCACUAAACUAUAUACGUUUUAGUGUUCACUUCCAUCGGCUAUGCAACAGAAUUCCAUCAACUUACGGGCAGAUGCAUUUUCAGGUGGGGCAUGAGGCCAGGCGGAGAAGAUCUCAAUAGUAAACUACACAAAAACGUUUAUUUUACAUUGUGUUAGCGGUCUUCUGAAGCCGAUUAGUACAAUAAAUGUAAUCAAAUAAUUUUAUAUACCAGGUAUUUUAAUACCAAAAUAUGUUAAAACAAAAAAUCCAAAAAAAUAUUGUUUAGUAUGUAGAAAUUUGCAGAUAAGUAUAUUCAUUUUUGUUUACUUAGCGUAGGUAUUAAAAAUUAUAUAGAAAUAAGAAAAUCUUUAAAAUUGUACAUGUUUUUAAGCCUGCUUGUUAAGAAUGCCCAUACGACUUUUGCAACACUUUAACUGAACAGGAUUCAAUUUGAUUGAUUACAUUAAAAUAGUGUGAAAUGUUACUUUUUCAGACCUUGAAAAAUCAAUAAAUAACAUGUUAAUCAGCUUA